GUAAGGAUCAAACCAAUGAAAUGAAAUGUGCAGGCUGCUGCUCUGGUGGCAUUGAGGUGCUGGAAUCGAGGAGGUUGUUUGGAUGUGUUGCAAUAGUCUGAGUGCUGAGUCAGGAAUGCCAACUCAGAGCUGCUGCUUCUGUCCGUUCAUUUCCUCCUCUUAUACCUCUCGCUCAACCCACCAGGCUCCGAGGUGAUUCGGUGUUUAAUAUCUCGCAGGGGUUUGGCUUUCUCUGUGAGCGCCGUCGGCGUCGGUGCUGACAUUUUUCCACGUUGUUCUGUGUAUGAACUUGUGCUUCCUUGCGUUGUAGAAGCGCCGCACACUGCGGGGGUCUGGACCCGAGCUUUGGGGAGCUUCUCAUUCUGGUUCUGCUCACUGGAGCAUUGCGCACAGAACACUUUUCCCUUGAAGAGGCUUGUAUUUAUUUAUUUUUCUUAAAGAAGAAUGAACGCAGAAACCGGACUCGAGACACCGGAACUCGCUCGGGGUCGCGUUUAAUGUGGAUUUCGAUGGAUUUGUGCUGUCGGGCUUGAUUGCGGAAAAAACCGUCUGAUGGGAAAACGUGGCGCUUGAGGACGUGCUCACCAAGCUUCAUGCUCUCAGCUCAGGGGACCAUGUCUGUCCACAUAGUGGCCCUGGGCAGCGAGUGUCCAGGGGGUGUGGGGUCUGGAGAGGAGCCUGCUGCUUCAGCACAGGUGCAAGGGGGGCUGCUGUGGAGCUACCUGGGCCAUGGAGCCAGAGAGUUGGACCCCACGUCCUCCACUCCUUCUAGACAUCCGCUGAAUCCAGCGUUUAUGGAGUACCAGUCUAGAGUUUUUGGAGAUGUCAGAGUGAUGGUGCGCGAUUGCCCUAGCUGGGACUUGCUGGACAGUGACUGGGCCAGUGUGCGGAGUGUUUUGGAGCAAGCUGAUAUUGUGGUCAUUAAGUAUUCCGUAAAUGACAAGCUGGCCUUCCAGCAGGUCCGAAAUGGCUACGCCCCUCGUCUCCGCCCCCUCUUGCGCCACUGGGGCAUGCCCGUCAUCCUGGUAGCAGUCGGGGCACGGCUUAACGAUGAAGGGCCACCAUGCACCUGCCCCCUGUGCGCGUCCGACUGGAGCACUUGUGUUCCUCACGGCGAGGGGCUUCAGCUGUCUCGAGACCUGGGUGCCACCUACCUGGAGUUACCAUCUCUCAAUAAUUUCUUUGUGGGUCGCUACUUUGGCAGUGUGCUUGAAUACUUCAUGAUUCAGUGUCUGAAGCAGAGAGCGAAAGAGAGACCUGACAAGAGGCGGGGUCAACGGUUUAAUGAGCCCCGCCCUCCGCACUUGGACCAACCAGCUCGUCUUCCUCCUGUGCGAGUGGAGGAGUCCAGCUUCUCUCAGGAUCUGCAGUGGUUGCUGGAGCGUGGUGCACAGUUUGCUGAUGUGGUCUUUUAUGCUGGGGAUUCUGGGAAAGAGCUGGGAUGGGCACACGCUGCUGUGUUAAGCGCAGUUAGCCCCUAUUUCAAGCAGCUGUUGGUGGGAAGGCAGGCAUGGGAGAGGCCCAUGUCCCGAUGUGCUUGUCGGGAGAGAGACAGCCCUCACUCUCUGCUGUCCACUUGGGAUGGUGGCUUGGAUGACCUGACCCGGACAGACGGCCACCUACCUGGGCAGCUGUCCCGGCUGGUUGUGAAGGACCCUCUGCUGUGUAUAUGCAUGUGGGAAACGCUUAUGUUUCUCUACAGAGGGGCUUGGGAGUGGGAGUUUCUGGAGGAGGCUUUGGCUGAGAAGCUCAAGAACCCUUUAGCAAUAGCCCAGCUGAUGGAUCGAAUACGCUCAUUUGUUGGGAGGGAAAAGGCCCUCAGGGACACGACUGCUCCACGAUCUCAGCCUGUUUCUCAAACAUUGGGAAACAUCUUCAACUCCCCUCUCUACUCCGAUGUCAUUUUCAUGGUGCAAGGGAGUGUCCUGCCUGCACACAGAGCUGUGCUUGUGGCUCGCUGUGACGUCAUGGCAGCUAUGUUCAGCGGCAAAUACGCAGAAGCCCGGAACCGAGUAGUUCCCAUACACGGGGUGUCCUCCGACACCUUCCUCGCCUUCCUGGAGUAUCUCUACACAGACACCUGCUGUCCAGCCAGUGUGUUGCAGGCUAUGGCGGUACUCGUCUGUGCAGAGAUGUACCAAGUGAAGCGUCUGCAGCACCUCUGUGAGGUGUGUGUGUGUGCGUAUUUGCAGAGCAUGCCCAGUCGGGAGCUGGCCUCCACUAGCAUCAGUGUCAUCCGCUUACUGAGGAGAGCAAAGUGUCACAAUGCUGACCAGCUGUAUGUCUGGCUCCUCCACUUCAUUGCCAACAAUUACCUGAUCUUCAGCCACAAACCCGACUUCCUGGAGCUUUCAGGUGAGACCAUCUGUAAUAGCUGAUCAUAUAAUGACUACAAAUAAUCUGUUCAAAAAAAUUAAAUAAAUCUGACCAAAUGCCCUGAACAGAUGUCUGUACAUAAACCUUUAUACAACACCAUAUGCUAGUUAUGACACAACAGCUCAUAGAAACAGGAAAUGCUAAUGCAGGGUCGAACCCCGUGGCAUUCUGCUGUGUUGUGCAUGAUAAUUUAAGGCAGAAUAGCUUGAGCAACUUUUAAAGUACCUGUAAAUUGAAUGUUUUAAUGGUUCAUUCUUUCUGAGGAUGACGCUACUCACAGAGUUCACGGUUCCAUCCUGAGCUCGGGAUAAAAUCUGUCCGCAUGGGUUUCCUCCAAGUUCCUCAGGUCCCUCCUUCCUCACUUAUUUAGUAAUAAAAAUUCUAAGUACUAAUAGUAAUUGGUAUCUAAAACGUAACAGACUAAUGAUCAGAGUUACGAUAGAAAUGAAGGCACGUUAGAAUGAGCACGUAUUAUAAUCCUGAGAUGUGAAUCAACAUGUUCUGAUCAAUCAGAUUUGUGGAAUAUAACAUAAUAUAGUCAUAAUGGGUUUAUUAGGUUUAAUGUGUUUCGUUGUAUAAAUUAUAAAUAAAAUAAUGAAAUAUGUAUAAACAAUAUAUUAGAACAACUUCAUUAUAAAGAUUACAGCUUAUAGACACACCUUUCUGGUAAAUAGUGAUGGAUUUUACUUAAGGUAAAAAAAAAAAAUAUAUAUAUAUAUAUAUAUAUUUUAAUAUUGGGCUGUUUAUUGUUUUUAUUUUUUUGGUUUUGGUUGGAUUGGUUGUGUUUCUGGCCACACAUGCACGUUUUUUUUUUCUGUGCUUAGAUGCAAAGAGACACUACACACGUUUUUAUUCUCUACAGAUUAUUUUUAAUGAUUUGAAACAGAGGUACAAAUAUUUCAGGUGUCCAGAGGAACAAAAAUUUCAAUGUUUUUCAAUGACCUUAAACAUAACACCAUGAGUGCGUCUCAAUCAGCUCACUGCUUCACUAGUCAAGGCGCUGAUCAGGGAGUCGCCCGUUUUAAGGGCUCACUCUCAACUGCAAAAUCCUUUCUGUGAACUGAAAUAUUUGCUCCGUAUAAAAAAAAUUCACAUAAUUGACAAUAAUUGACAAUGACAAUUAAGUGUUCAAAAUCCACUUGCUAGCCUAUGAUCUCUACCAGCCUGCUUUGAAAUAUUGUGACAGAAAUGCAUGUGAUUAAGCUAACAAACGUGAAUGACAUUCAACUUUCAAUGUUAACAUAUUCAAGGUUUUUAAACCUGGGGACUGAUGAAGAAAUUAGAAUAUCAUCAGUGACCCCAUGUGUAGUGUGUGAAUUUGUGUACAUAAUAUACUGCUUCAAUAUCAAGUGAGCUAAGGAGCUGAUUGAGACGAGGCCAAAAAUGAUUUGGACUUACAGGAGAUCCAUGAUGCCAAGCAAGUGCUAUAUAAUCAAUGCAGUUUAUAUGUCAUGAUCUGUUUCGAUGUGUUUAAGUGGUUAAUAUUUUAGAAAGAGUGUAAAGCAUAUGGUGAAAAGGCACUGCGUGGGUAUGUGUCGGGGGUGAGGGGGUGUUGCUGUGUUUUCUUUAUGAUCACAGUGUUGCUGUUGGGCAGAGGAGGAGCGGGAGCAGGUGGAGCGGCUACGCUGGCCCUCAAGAGGCUACCUGCAGGAGCUCAGCGAGUACCAACAGCGCAGACGGCAGCUUCGCAAGUCCCGCUGCAGCAUCAUGUGAGGUCCCACAGGCGGCACACUAAAGACAAGGACGAGAGAAAGUGCAAAGACGAGUCACAGACAUGCUCAAAACCUCUGACCUUUAAUCCAGUGACAUUAGCACACAGUCAUAUAAUCUCAGAGACCCCAAGCGGACACUGUGGCCUAAGACGUACUAUGUUUCUCUCUGUGCCCUAUGACACGGAUCUGGCUUUGUGUACACAGAGAUGAACUGUUCCUCCGAACGGAGACUAUUUACUACAAUAACCACGGAAGCGACACUAAUUGAGCGGAGGUCAAGGACGAUCUAAAGCUCGGAGGCCGAACGUGAAGCCAAAAUCAUGCCAUUAGAGAUUCCCAUUUGAACAAACAGUAACUCCAAAUCAAUUUCUAUUGGAUUUGGAAUAGAGUGUGAACACUGAGGUUUUGUAAAAUAACACUGAAAGAAAUUUCAAGCUUGAGGAAAUAUAUUUACAAUGUUUGAAAUGUACGAUGAUGGAAUAUAUUCGAAAUGUCCCGAUUUGUAAUAUGAUAUAAUCAGAAUAAUUAUAUAAUCUUUAUAUAAUCAUUCAUAUUCAUAUUAUUUGCUUUGUUUUUCUUUUAUUAUAACAUCCUUUAAAAACGAGUAGAGUAAAAAAAUAGUGAAAUCAGUUAUAACUACAUACGAAACAUGUCAAAAGGUGUCUGGAGAUUUUGUCAUGGAUAGAUUAUUCUUUUUCUGGGGGAACCUGGAGCCUAUCCCAUGAAUUCCGUAUCCACAGGACACCCUGGACACGUCCCAGUUAUAUGCAGGGCACGCACACACACACACACACACACACACGCGUGCGCACGUUUACACACUACUGCCGAUCAGCUUCUGAAGCAUGUCUUUUGGACUGUGGGAGGAAACUGGAGUACCCAGAGGAAACCACUGAAGCACGAGGAGAACAUGCAAACUCCAGGCAAGCAGAGAGGAGAGGCAGGACUCAAACCCCCAACCCUGGAGGUGUUAGGCUAACAACUUGAUUAUCAGGUUAUUCAGUAUGGAUAUUACUACUUUUUUUGGUUUUGCUCUGGGUUUACUAACAGCUUACAAUAGAUUAACAUUUAAAAUAAAAACGGAGCUUUCAAGUCAGCUAUUCAGUUACUCAAUAGCAGCUUGGGUUGGAUCUUCUGACUGAGAUUUAGAUAGCUAAAUCUUUCGACAUAUCAAUCUUGAUAUUUUAGCAAAACUGUCUAGAAUUAUUUAUUCAGAAGUUCUUUAUCCUGAUCAUGGGUGAGAGCAGAUCUAUCCCAAGAACACCAGGUGCGAGGUGUAAAGGCAAUACCGUCUGGACGGGACUCCAAUUCAUCAAACAUUGAUUUAAACACACAUUCAGAAUUUAGAGUAACCAGUCCACGUGCUGUAAUGUUUUCUGGACAGCUGUAGCGUGUGAGCAACCCAAGCUCGGGUUGAAACCCUGGCCCCGGGCACUGGCUUCCUUGUCGUUCCUCAGGCAUGAAAUUUACCUCCAUAUUCCAAAUGUGACCAAAUUCAAAGCAAUAUUCAAAGUGAGAUUUCUGAUGGCAUGAUUUCAAACUCACUCCAAGCUAGAAUACGCUCCCAAAGUGUUGAACAGGGUAGGGUCAAACACAUCCUCUCCAGAGAUGUUUCACACAUCCUCAUGGUCUGCCAUGGUCUCUUCAUGGUGAGAAUUUCUUUGAUCCGUCAAAUUACUCUUGCAAAACUUCAAAUGUUUAUUUUUUUUGCCAUGAGAUUAUAAUUUUUCGGCGAUGCGAACUAUUUUUCUAACAUGUACAUCAGGUUUUUAUUUAGGGGAAAUCUGUAUGUAUGUAUUAUGUAUCCAGCAUGUGGAUUGUUACGUGCAGUCGGUGUGUUGGACUUAGAGCCUGUUUCUGGCUGUCUGUAGUCUAGUGCAGUUCUGUCGAUCUUCAUCUCAAACUGAAUAAAGGCAUUUUAGAAGGAA